ACAGAGCCCAUGAUGGCGGCGCUGGGUGCGAGUGAAGUGAUCGCCCAGCUAGAGAGCGCUGCCAAAGUUUUAAUGGCACCGCCAUCCAUGGUGAAUAAUGAACAACGACAGCAGGCAGAGCAUGUUUUCCUGUCCUUCAGAAAAUCCAAAUCCCCUUUUGCAAUUUGUAAGCACAUACUUGAAACUAGUAAAGUGGAUUAUGUCCUUUUUCAAGCUGCCACAGCGAUAAUGGAAGCAGUUGUAAGAGAAUGGAUCCUCUUAGAAAAAAGUAGCAUAGAGUCACUACGGACAUUCCUUUUAACCUACGUCUUACAGCGGCCAAACCUGCAGAAAUAUGUGAGAGAACAAAUCCUUUUGGCUGUUGCAGUUAUAGUAAAACGAGGAUCUUUAGAUAAAUCAAUUGAUUGCAAGAGCAUUUUCCAUGAAGUUGGCCAGUUAAUAAGCAGUUGUAACCCCACAGUGCAAACAUUGGCAUGCUCCAUAUUAACCGCACUACUAAUAGAGUUUUCCAGUUCAAGUAAAACCAGUAACAUAGGUCUAAGCAUGGAGUUUCAUGGGAACUGCAAAAGAAUAUUUCAGGAAGAAGACCUACGGCGGAUUUUCAUGAUGACAAUAGAGGUUUUACAAGAAUUCAGCAGACGGGAGAACCUUAACGCACAAAUGUCUUCAGUAUUCCAGCGGUACCUUGCACUGGCUAAUCAAGUUUUAAGCUGGAACUUUCUGCCUCCAAAUUUGGGCAGACAUUAUAUAGCUAUGUUUGAGUCCUCCCAAAAUGUGAUGCUGAAGCCGACUGAGUCCUGGCGUGAAUCCCUCCUGGACAGAAGAGUCAUGGAGCUUUUCUUUACACUUGAUAAAGAUGACAUGGUGUACAUGGAAGCAUAUGACAAGCUACUGGAGUCCUGGCUUACCUUGGUACAAGAUGAUAAACAUUUCCACAAAGGAUUCUUUACUCAGCAUGCCGUCCAGGUUUUUAACUCCUACAUUCAGUGCCAUUUAGCAGCUCCUGAAGGCACAAGAAACUUGACUGCCAAUGGUGUGGCCUCGCGGGAAGAAGAAGAAAUUAAUGAAAUCCAAGAAGAUGAUAGGGACUUGUUUUCUGACCAGCUUGCCAGCGUGGGUAUGCUGGGUCGUAUUGCCUCAGACCACUGCAUACCCCUGCUUACAAGCUUGUUAGAAGACAGAGUAACGAGGCUUCACGGUCAGCUGCAACGGCACCAGCAGCAAUUACUGGCCUCCCCAGGGGAAGGCUCUAUAGAUGAAAAUAAAGUUCUCGAUGACCUGUAUGAGGACAUACAUUGGCUUAUUUUAGUUACAGGCUACCUCUUAGCUGAUGAUACUCAGGGUGAGACUCCAUUAAUUCCUACAGAAAUAAUGGAAUAUUCCAUUAAGCAUUCAACUGAGGUCGACAUCAACACAACUUUGCAAAUACUGGGAUCACCUGGCGAGAAGGCCUCAUCAAUACCAGGAUGUAACAGAACAGAUUCUGUCAUAAGGUUGCUAUCUGCUGUUUUGAGAGCUUCAGAAGUUGAGUCUCGAGCAACAAGAGCAGAUUUAACGCAUCUCCUAAGCCCACAGAUGGGAAAAGAUAUUGUAUGGUUCUUGAAACGGUGGGCAAAGACCUACCUCCUCGUUGAUGAAAAGCUUUAUAACCAGAUAAGUUUGCCAUUUAACACUGCGUUUGGAGCAGACACCGAAGGUUCGCAAUGGAUGAUUGGUUAUCUUCUGGAAAAAGUCAUCAGCAAUCUCUCUGUGUGGAGCUCUGAGCAGGAUCUGGCAAAUGAUACCGUCCAACUGCUGGUUACAUUGGUGGAAAGGCGGGAGAGAGCCAAUUUGGUAAUUCAGUGUGAAAACUGGUGGAAUUUAGCCAAACAGUUUGCUAGAAGAAGUCCGCCCCUUCACUUGCUCUCCAGCUCUGUACAGAGGACUUUGAUGAAGGCUUUGGUUUUAGGAGGAUUUGCACAUAUGGACUCUGACACAAAGCAGCAGUACUGGACUGAGGUCCUGCAACCUCUUCAACAGAGGUUUUUGAAUGUAAUAAAUCAAGAAAACUUCCAGCAGAUUUGCCAAGAGGAGGAGGUAAAGCAGGAAAUCACAGCCACACUGGAAGCCUUGUGCGGCAUUGCAGAGGCCACACAGAUAGACAAUGUGGCAAUUCUCUUCAACUUCCUCAUGGACUUUCUAACCAAUUGCAUUGGGUUAAUGGAAGUUUAUAAAAACACACCAGAGACUGUGAACCUCAUCAUAGAAGUUUUUGUAGAAGUUGCACAUAAACAAAUUUGUUACCUAGGGGAGUCAAAAGCUAUGAACUUGUAUGAAGCCUGUCUGACUCUAUUGCAAGUGUAUUCUAAGAACAACCUUGGGAGGAAACGUGUUGAUGUUGCUGCUGAGGAGGACCAGUACCAAGAUCUUCUGCUAAUCAUGGAACUCCUUACAAAUCUCCUCUCCAAAGAAUUCAUUGACUUCAGUGAUACAGAUGAAGUGUUUAGACCACACGAACAGGGACAAGCUACCAACAGACCUGUAUCAGCAGCAGAUGUGGUUUUGUAUGGCGUAAAUAUUGUACUACCCUUAAUGUCACAAGAUUUAUUAAAGUUUCCAUCCUUAUGUAAUCAGUACUACAAGCUCAUCACGUUUAUAUGUGAGAUCUUUCCAGAGAAGAUUCCACAGCUUCCAGAGGACUUGUUUAAGAGUCUGAUGUAUUCCCUUGAAUUAGGGAUGACUGCGAUGAGUUCAGAGGUUUCCCAGCUUUGUCUGGAAGCAUUAACACCUCUGGCUGAACAGUGUGCUAAAGCACAAGAGACAGAUUCCCCUCUGUUAGCAGCAACAAGGCACUUUCUCAAGCUGGUUUUUGACAUGCUUGUUUUACAAAAACACAACACUGAAAUGACAACGGCUGCAGGUGAAGCAUUUUACACUUUGGUCUGUUUAAAUCAGGCAGAGUAUGCUGAAUUGGUAGAAACCUUAUUGUCGAGUCAGCAGGAUCCUCUAAUCUACCAGCGGUUAGCCGAUGCCUUUAACAAACUUACAGCAAGCAGCACUCCUCCCACGCUAGAUCGCAAGCAGAAGAUGUCAUUCCUCAAGAGCUUAGAGGAGUUCAUGGCCAAUGUUGGUGGCCUCCUUUGUGUUAAAUAGGAGGCAGAACUGUGUAGACCCUUUCUGCAAAAUGCACUGAAAAGUUCAGGUGGCUGUAUAAAUCCCCGACCUGCUCUCAGGGCUCUUACAUACAUUUUUAGUUGUAUUAAAGAGCCCGACUAUUUAACUUAAUUAGGGACUUCAAGAUGAUUUUGGCCCGUAAGACUGUUUGUGUAGCACUUGUGUGCUACGAUGAUGAAUGGGUAAAUGUAUUUUUUUAAACAAGUUUCCAUAUGCCUGCAAGCAGUUUUUAGGCACAGAUCCAGCUUUUUGCAGUGCCUUUUCUCUUAUAUUCCCUUGGUCAGAAGCAUACUGCCUGAUGAAUGAUUUUAUAGAAUGAUUUUUGUUUUUCAAUACCAUGUUUGACUGAAAUAUGAUUAACACCAACAUGAAAAGGUGUUAAAGCAGCAGUGAGAGUUUUUUUUUAAACUUCUCCCACCCCCGUACCCUGCUUCUGAUUCAAUGGCAAAACCAAAUGGCAUUUUUUAAGAAAAAGAGAAAAAAAAAGAAAAAAAAAACUUCUGUGGGGUUAUUUUUGUGUAGACAAACCAAGCCUUGCAUGUUUCUUUUUUUCUACUUUCUGUCCAGCCUGAAGUCCAGAAAAGUGGGGAAAAUUAUGUAUAUUUUUCGUUUCUUAGAACGAAUCUUAGGAAUUUGUCACCAUUUCAUUGCCUUAAAAAAUUAUUUCUAUGUGUAUAUAUAUAUGUAUAUGGUUUGGUACUAUUCCCAGAGCAAGUUUUAAUGUUCAAGAGGUGUUUGGGAUCCAGCAUUGACCUCUUGUGUAGAAACUACAGUCUAAACUUCUGUUUUCUGGGAACAUCUCAGAUGCAAGGACCUUAUGAGCGUACUUCAGUUUGCACACCCAAAUACAGCUUCUAUAUAUAUAUUUGUGUUUUUUUUUCUUUUUAUUCUCAGAUGGACUGUUAGUUUCAGCAAUACUGAUUGAAAGGGUGUGAGCUGCAAAUUUAUACACUUUUUUUUUACGUUGGGGCAUUAGGUGAUGCAAAUUAUGCUUACUGUGCAGUCAAAUGUUUCCCAUUUGUUUUUUGUUUUUCUUUUUUUAAAUUUGUAUAAAAUGUACAGUAUGAACAUCA